UGACAGCUGUCUAAUAUCGAUGACUUUUUGACCUUGGUUAUAACGACUGUUGUGAAAAAACAAACAAUUCGUAGUGUUGUGUAUGUGUAUGUUAGAAAUGGAGCCAACAAUAAAUAUUAUGGAAAGACAAGGAAGUUGCUUACUACUUCGUUCCGCUAGUCAAAAUUCAUUAGAUGAAAGUUCACAAAAACAAAUCUCACAAAUUCAUCCUCACACAAAAGAAAGACCACCAUAUAGGAAUCAUAUGCACACGCAAAAAGCAUUCGAUGUUAUGAAUUUAAUGAGGAAGCAGAAGUUACUUUGCGACGUAGUAUUGGUAGCUGGAGAUGCUGAAAUAGCUGCACAUAAGAUGGUAUUAGCUGCCUGCUCUCCUUAUUUCUACGCAAUGUUUUCUAGUUUUGAGGAGAGUAGGCAAGAUAGAAUAGUGUUACAAGAAGUUGAUCAGCAAGCAUUAAUGCUCUUGAUAGAAUAUGUAUAUACUUCAGAAGUUAGUGUAACAGAAGACAAUGUACAAGUAUUACUUCCCGCAGCAAAUUUAUUACAACUUACUGAUGUUAGGGAUGCUUGUUGUGAAUUUUUACAAGCCCAGUUACAUCCAACAAACUGUUUGGGAAUUAGGGCAUUUGCAGAUUUACAUGGCUGUUUAGAAUUGCUGUCACAUGCCGAAUAUUACAUAGAACUUCAUUUUUCAGAAGUUGUUGAAUGUGAAGAAUUUUUAACACUUUCGCAUCUCCAAGUGUCAAAAUUAAUAAGUAGUGAUAGAUUGACAGUACCUACAGAAGAAAAAGUAUUUGAAUGUGUGGUGGCAUGGGUACAAAAUGACUUGGAAAAUAGGAAACAGCAUCUUUCUUCUUUAAUGGAAUAUGUUAGAUUACCACUUAUGUCACAAGAAUAUUUGGUACAGAGAGUAGAAGAAGAACCUUUACUGAAGACAGAUUUACAGUGUAAAGAUUAUAUAAUAGAAGCUCUAAAGUAUCAUUUGUUGAAAGGAGACAACAAAACUUCGUUUAGAACACCAAGAACUAAACCUAGGCAACCAGUUGGUUUACCAAAAGUUCUACUAGUAGUUGGUGGUCAGGCUCCGAAGGCUAUCCGCAGUGUAGAAAGUUACGACUUCAAAGAAGAAAAAUGGUACCAAGUAGCCGAAAUGCCAACUCGUCGAUGUAGGGCUGGGUUGGCUGUUCUAGGAGGCAAAGUGUACGCUGUUGGAGGUUUCAAUGGUUCUCUGAGAGUUAAGACUGUUGAUUUUUACGAUCCAGCAAUGGAUGUAUGGACUGCUUUUGAAAGCAUGGAAGCUAGACGAUCUACAUUGGGAGUAGCUGUAUUAAAUAAUUGUAUAUAUGCUGUUGGUGGAUUUGAUGGAUCGACGGGGUUAAAUAGUGCUGAAAUGUUUGAUCCGCAAACAGGAAAAUGGCGGAUGAUAGCUUCAAUGUCCACUAGACGCAGUAGCGUAGGCGUAGGUGUCCUUUACGGACAAUUGUACGCUGUGGGUGGAUACGACGGGGCAUCUAGACAAUGUUUAAGUUCCGUAGAAUGCUACACUCCUGACACUGAUACUUGGACUUCAGUUCCAGAUAUGGGCUGCAGAAGAAGUGGAGCAGGAGUAGGUGUUCUAGAGGGUAUUCUGUAUGCAGUAGGAGGACACGAUGGCCCUUUAGUUCGAAAAUCCGUAGAAGCAUAUGAUCCAGCAAAAAGUACAUGGACUCCAGUUACCGAUAUGGCUAUGUGCAGACGUAACGCUGGCGUUGUGGCCAUGAAUGGUGUAUUAUAUGUAGUGGGUGGUGAUGAUGGCUCAAGCAAUUUGGCUUCUGUUGAAGUCUACAACCCAAAGACUGACAGCUGGACAAUGUUGUCAAGCUGCAUGAGUAUUGGACGAAGUUAUGCUGGGGUAGCAAUUAUUGAUAAGCCGAUAUGAAGGUUACCUAAUGCUGGCAAUGGUGGAGACCUGGGUGAAAAGCAUAUUGACGAAAAUAGUAACGCCGAAGGCGCUGUUGGUUACGAAACCCAACAAUUUCAAGAAAACAUCUACGAAACGAUUUGCAACGACAACAACGAUCCCAAUGCCAGCACCAACCUUACCUCGAAUCAAAACGACACCGAAAAUAUUUAUGAAACUAUUGAAGAUAUUCAGACUGCUCGAGAAAGAUUAUUUGCUGAACUUCCUUACGAUUCUAAUAUUGACCAGCCGAGUUGUAGUAGUACUUAUGGUCGUAUCGGAAAUGCCUACGGGCGUAUCGAUGUAAUAGGUCAUGGUAUAGGCCGCAUCGAACGCCAUCUCUCUUCUUCUUGUUGUUCUAUUAACAAUAACCAUAACGCUAUAGAGAACCUUUAUGGGACCAAAGAUCAUACGGGAAGAAUUAGUAAAGUGUCUCUUCAGUGGUUAUUGGCUAAUAAAUGGUUACCUCUUUGGAUUGCUAACACGGAAACAGGGAGGGAUUAUAGAAUUAUAGAUUUUCUAAUAGCUCAAGGUCUUGAUAAAGAAGAUGAGGAAGAAGGUGAUCCUAACGGAGAAGGGCACGGUGGGAACAACGUCAAUGAACAAUAAUAGGCUUUAUAUACAUAUAUCUCAAUAUUUUUUUUUGGCUAUUUAUGUGGAUUUUGAAUAAUUACUGCGAGUCAAAAUUUAUUUUUACAUGUCACAAAGAGUGCAAAAUUAUGUCAUUAUUUUAAAGCAAAUGAAUUUUUAUUUGAGGUCAUUUUGUGGAUGUGGCAAUAUUGUAGUUGAAGAUUUUGUGAUUGGAAUUAAUAUUUACUGACUAUAACUCAAGCUAAAAGUUUCUAAUUCGUUGACUAUAACAAACUUCUAUUACGAAAUUGUUUAAUAAAAAAAGUAUAAUCAAAAGGAAUGUCUGUCAUGUUAACAUUUUCUUAUUAGUGAUCAAGGACAUACUCAAUUUUUCUUGUUGACAUAUUCACUAAAAUUAUUAAUAAAGUUACUAGAUUUGUUUAAAUAUCAUACGACGUUUUGACAGUCCAAUUUCUUGAUAACUAUACAUUUGACAUGUAUGAUAUUUGGCAGCUACAAACCAUCGAAACUAAUGAUUAUAUUUAUUAGAAAAAGACACCCCAACAUUUUUUUUAAAUAGAACUAACUGUAUAAUAUAACAUGUUUUUAUGUUUCAAAAAAAAUCCACAACAAUUGUUAACAUGCUCUUGUGCAGUAAUGUCAGUGGAUGCCAUUAAAUGCGCGUAUAGUUUGAAACAAUAAAUACAUAAUUUUAUUAAAAAACAUAAUUAAAACGCAUCCAAAGUUAUGAUAUAAUGUUCAAACCUUGUUAAGAUUUCUUGUCCUACAUGAUGCUGUAAUUAUUAUUGAUGUUCUAAUCUCCAGAUUGCUUAUUGUAUCCUUUAAAUAAUUCAAGUUAGUGAAGAUAGUGACAUCUAAGUUGGAAUUUCUGUAUCCGUUGGAGUUAUUCAUACUGAACGAACUGUUUACACCAACACUCACAAUUACACUGUCUUACGCGCGUUUCGAUAACCAAGUUAUCGUCUUCAGAGACUGAAAAUAAACUGUAAAGUUUACCUUGUGAUGGUGGUGGCGGUGUAAACAGUGUGUUAAGUAAGAUUGCGACAUAAAUCUCAGGGAAAGAAAUCUGUGUAAUAUCCAAUUAUUGGGGUCGUCACACCAGUUAAACUAAUCCAUUUUUUAGGAAAUCUGUUAGCAAGGUAUUCUUCAAAUUAUCCAAAAAGCGCUCAAUGCUCAAUUUUCUGCUGCUUAUUGUUUGCCUUUCAUUUAGAGGAAUGUCUUCAAACAAAGUUACUAAAUUAUUUUGAAUAGAAUCCAAGUCUCUCUGCCCUCAAAUUCUUAGAUAUUUCGUUUCUCACAUCUACUUUGGAUAUACUUGUGACCAUAUAUGACAAUUGUAGCUAUUUAAUUAUUAUGAAAUAUACUUGUUAUUGUUAUUCCUAAUUUUUGUUCAAGAAAUCGAAGUAGAUCUAAAAACAAUUCAAAAUAUUUAUUACAUUGUCAUCUUCCUGAGGUGUCUUUUGCCGAGAACCUGUUUUGUUUAGAAAAGACCCAGUUCACAGUGUUCGUUCAAAAUGAGCAACAGUACUUGUGCUUUUGCUUUUUUUCUUGCUCUUUUAGGAAAUCGAUUUCUAUAUAAAGUAAACACAAGUUUUAAUUUUUACACAUUCUUCAUAAGUAGUAUGUUUACUUAUUCAUUGCUAAAGUGUUUUCACACUAGACUAUGACUAAUAAUUAAUGACAGCUCUUGAUUAACUUUAUACAAUAAUGAAUGAAUGAAAAACGAUUUUGUGCUUUGACAUUUCUAGUUGUUGGUAUUUCCUGAUGUAUUCGUAUCAGUAGUUCUUUAUUUUAGUAUAAUCAGGAGCAUCAUCAGAUCUAGAAGAAGAUGAAACGCCUACAUUGACUUCAGUAAUCUGAUCAUAGUCAUUAGCAUUUCCUGGUGUAGAAGUAUUAGUUGUUUGUUCUGAAGCAUCAUUGGUACUAAAAAAAGUGGUAACAUUUUCAUUAUGUUCUUUUUCAAAAAAAUUUACGUCUAUUAAUGUGUUGGGGUCAUCUGUAAGAUAUCGAUUUAAAUUACGUGGUGUAAAAGAUUAUCAUGAAAUACUCAAUUUAUAAAAGAAAACUUCGUGAGAGAUGCUGUAUAAUAAAAUUAAAACAUCUAUCAAUAGAGAUAAUUUAAGUAAAAAUGUUGAUACGAAAAAUUGUGUUUAGUGGUUGGCAAAAAAUUAGAAAUUUUCAAUUGAUAUUUUAUUCCAGUAAAAUGUUUUAAUUUAUUUUAACAUUUUCGUUUUUGCUCAAAUUUCGUCCUCAUUGUUUUCAGGGGUAAAAAUAAAUUUUUAUUUCAAUCUAAGCAUAAUAAUCCACUUACGCCAAAUUCAAACAAUAAGGAAGCGUCUGUCAACAAAUCAAAAUACAAAUAUUGAUUUUCGAAUAAUGAUUUUUAUAGUUACAAUUUAAUAUGACAAGAUCUGAUAUUUGAAAAUAACUCUCUGGAAUUUAUUUUAUAUAGUGUUAUAUAGGCGAAAAUAUCAAGAUUCAAUCUUUUACUUAUUAAAAUUCGUUCAAUUAUUAUAUAUAGCAUUAUUAUUAUGUUAUGAGGAGGCUGUUUCUUGAAAUAAUACUCACAAUCUUCAUCUUAGAAGUUAAUACAGAAGUGAUGAACUUGAUUUAAAAGAUUCAAAAAGACACACACUUUUUUUUGUCUCUAUUUUUAAGGUUAUGCAAACCUCUCUUAACUCAUUUGUAAUGCAGAUGUUUUGUAUUAAUUUAUAUCAAACUUUUUUCGCUGUAUUUCCUUUUAAAAGAUUAUUUUGAAAUAACACGAGAAUCAGUUCCAGCAUUGAAACAUAAAAAUAUCUGGAAUGUCACCAAUCAAAGAAGAUAAGAUUUAUAUUACAUACAAGUAACGUUACUCUAUAUCCUCUAAGAUCUAUUUUGCUUCUCAUCAAAGCUACCCGCUUUGUAAGACCAACUACAGCUCGCUCUCUACUUCCAGUGUCUGUGAUGUCUUCGAUGAAGUCACGUCCGUGUUGCUUAUACAUAGCAUUUUCUAUAGCUGUGGUCAGGAGUUUCUUCCUUUUUCCUAUAGAAUCUGUACUCGUCAUAUUCUAGGUUUUGUCUCAUUAUGUGUUUUCUAGGGCGGCAUUGUUCUGUAAGAAACCCGGUAAGAACGUGUAGCAAAUUUUUAAAUCUUACAGAGUGAAGUUCUAUUGAAAUGAUUCAGUCCUAGAAAAAUCCACCAGAGCAAUUCUCUUUUGGAUUCUGUCAAUUCCUGAAAUUCUUUUCUUGUAGAUGCGUUUUUCUAUACUGUAAAAAGGUCCGGGGGCAGUAAAAGGCUUUUUUGCGCUUUUUUCUUCAAGUCUUCUUUUCCCUAAAUUCCUUAUUGACCGGGAAUUAGUAAUAUAGUAGCUUAAGCCCUGGCUGCGAGAAUGGAUGACUAUGCCGCAUUUCUUAUAGUUUCUUUCCAAGAUCAAACAUUUUUCAAUAGCAAGUAAUUCUGGCUGGAAGGUGGUGGCAUGAGAUCUUAGCGGUGGUAAACUUUUCACCCACACUAUUUCAUGUUAUUUCUAUUGAUAGCUUAGCAGUAAAUCCCCUUUCCCAAUCUCUGUUUUUAUUAAAAUCAUAGUAAAAUGUUUAGUUUGUCAAUUUUCUUAUCAUUACAUCACUGGGGAACUUCAAUAAAAUGAUACCAUUAAUUGCCGUACUAAAUUCAUAUUUUUUCAGUAGAAGCAAUAUCUCUUUAUUUUAUAUGAAUGACAAAUCAAUUUCUGAAUGUAGUCUAAGUCCUUUGCUUUAUGUAGGUCAGGUGAUAGUGAGUAUUAUAUUUUUUUAGGUAUAAAAUUAUUCAAAAACUGUGAUAUAAAAUAUACUGGAUGGUAUAUGGCUGUAAUUAUUUAUUUCCUGAUAAGAUGCAGCUUGUAAUUUUCGCCUAUACUUUAUUUGUAUGUAGACAUAAACAAUUGCGUUAAGUUUUAUCGAAAUUUUAUCGCUGCUGUAAUAAAGUGUAUGAAAAAACAAUACAAAUUUGAGUGUGACUUUAAAGUGACAAGAAUCUUUUGUUCUAGUUGUGGUAUAAUAUAUUUGUAUUUAUUGUAUUUUACCUUAUUUUGUGACACAUACUGUAUAUAUGAUAUAAUUUCCUGUAUCAGGUUAUUACUAGUAGUAUUAUUUUUUCCAAAAUUAUAGUUGUAAAUCAACAAA